AUGGCGGCCUUGAUCAAAUGGGUCAAAGGCGCGCUUCGGCGACCUCCAUCCGCUCCUCUGAUCUUUCCCAUCCGCGGCUUUGAGACCAUCCGCGCGUCGCAAGUGCUCGACGAGGAGCGCUUCGAGCAAUUCAAGCAGGGACACUAUUACCCCGCAAACAUUGGCGACGUACUUCGCUCUAGGUAUCAAAUCGUCGGUAAACUUGGCUUCGGAGUUACCUCUACAGUAUGGCUCGCCCGGGACCUUGAAGACCAUCGGUACGUCACGCUAAAGAUCUAUACUCGAGAUGAGGACAACCGUGAGGAAUUCCGGGUCUAUGAACAACUAAACAAAGGGAGCUCAUGGCAUCCUGGUUAUGCGCAUGUCCGGGAGGCGCUAGACCUGUUCACCAUCUCCCGCGCAGGCGGCGAUCAUCCCUGUCUUGUUCAGAAGCCGAUGUGGGAGAGCUUUAUGGACUUGCUAUAUCGCAACCCCAGCCAUCGAUUUACAGAGGGUCUCCUCAAAGCUGGCCUCAAACAAGUUUUUCUUGCCCUUGAUUAUCUCCACACCGAAUGCAAGCUCGUGCACACUGGUACUGUCCUCGCCCCCCCCAUUUACCGUGAUAUCAAGGGCGAUAACAUCCUCCAGGAAAUAGAGGACACGUCUAUACUUGAACGCUUCACCCAAGCCGAACUAGCAAGUCCCUCGCCCCGAAAGUUCGUCGACGGCAUGCCGGUGUAUGCUUCUCGACGGUUCGAGUUGCCCCGCUCGUUUGGCCGCGCAGUGCUCAGCGACUUUGGCUCUGCAGUCCGAGGCGAUGAAAAGAGAAAUCACGAUGCACAGCCCAAUGUCUACAGAUCGCCAGAGGUCAUGCUGAAGACUGAAUGGAGCUAUCCCGUUGAUAUAUGGAAUGUAGGCGCAAUGAUAUGGGAUCUGUUCGAGUGCAAACAUCUCUUCUACGGCAACGAUCCUGACGGGAAAGGGUAUUCCACUCGUGCCCAUCUUGCUGAGGUUAUAGCGUUGCUUGGACCGCCUCCGUUGGAUAUGCUGCAACGUGGGAAAAGAAGUCGUGAGUUCUUUACGGAGGAUGGAACAUGGAAGCAAGAUGCAGAGGUACCAAUACCAAAGGGUGUAAGCCUAGAUACGUCAGAAGAGUAUCUGGAGGGAGAGAACAAGGAGCUCUUCCUCCAGUUCAUGCGCGGGAUGCUCCAGUGGCGGCCGGAGGAUCGCAAGACGACGAAGGAUUUGCUAAGCGACCCAUGGUUAAACAGUUGA